AAUUUAUAAGAAAAAUGGGGAUAAAAGAUCUUCUAAGAUUCAUGAAACCAUACGUUGACCCCAUUCACAUCAACAAAUAUUCAGGCCAACGCGUGGGUAUUGAUGCUUAUUCAUGGCUUCACAAAGGAGCGUAUUCGUGUAGUAUGGAGCUAUGUUUGAAUACAGAAGGAGAUAAAAAGUUUCAAUAUAUAAAUUAUUGUAUGCAUCGAAUCGAUAUGCUUCGUCAUCACGACAUUAGUCCCGUCUUAGUUUUUGAUGGCUGUAACAUUCCCUGCAAGUCAAUAACUGAUCAUGAUAGACAUAGUAAAAGAAAAGGAAAUCUUGAAUUAGCAAUGGAAAAGCUCAAGGAAGGCAAUAUAAAUGCUGCAAAUGAGAUGUUUCAGAGGGCUGUCAGUAUUACACCAACAAUGGCACACCAACUUAUUCAGGUUCUAAGGUCAGAGAAUAUUGAAUUUGUUGUAGCCCCAUAUGAGGCGGAUGCACAGUUAGCAUAUUUAUGCAGUCUUGACGUAUCUGAAGGCGGAAUUGCAGCAGUGAUAUCAGAGGAUAGUGAUCUACUAGCCUAUGGUUGCUCUUCUGUUAUUUUCAAGAUGGACCGCUAUGGCAAUGGUGAAGAGAUAGUAAUAGAUAAAGUCUUUGAUUCUCCAGGACGUGUACCAUCCUUCCGACAUUUUGACAAAGAGCUAUUCACAGGCAUGUGUGUUUUAGCUGGAUGUGAUUUUCUUCCAUCAGUACCCGGAAUAGGGAUUGCCAAGGCUCAUGCUUUAGUUACUAAAUAUCGAAACUUAGACCGUGUUUUAUCCGUUUUGAAAUACGAGAAAGGAGCUCAAAUGCCUGAAGACUACUUCAAAUCAUUUAAACAAGCAGUUGCUGUUUUUCAGCAUGCACGAAUCUAUGAUGCGGCUUCAAAAAGGCUAAAACACUUGACGCAGCUUCCGGAGACCCUUCUACAGUAUUUUGUUGAAGGGCUUGAUUUCUUAGGACCUGAAAUAUCUUCCUCACAAGCUACUGCAAUUGCCUUAGGUCAACUGGAUCCUUCUACCAUGAAAGGGUUUAUUAGUGAGUUUUCUAGCUGUUCUAGUUACCAAAAACCUACUGCAGUAAGCAGGCCAUCUGAAUCAUUAUCAAGCCAACAUUCUAAGCGGGCGUCAAAGAAACAGCAAACAUCCACGGAGAGCUGUUUUACCAUUGUGUCUUCACAGAACACAGCAACUAAAAGAAAACCGCAAGCAUCCACGGACCAGAAACCCAAGCUCAAGAUAGAUCAUUAUUCAAAUCUUGAAAAGUUAAUAUCUCCUUCGGAGGACAAUAUUCUCAGCAGUGUUGACACAAUUCCUGCCAAAAUAUCAUCGAAGGCUCCUGAUAACAAUCCUUUUAAGAUACAAAAACAAACAAAAGCUGAAGAUUUAGAAGUGAUUUGUAUCAGUCCUACACAAACAAGUAUGGAAGUUGAAACAAAAUACUUUACUGAAGAGCAGUCGGGGGUGACUGAAGUUGAUGACGUACAAAUAAUAUGUGUCACUCCUGAUUCGCAGAAAAGUGUGGAGUCUAAAUCUGUCAAGAAGACAGGAGAUAAGAAGAGGGUAAGAAGUGGAAAGAUAGUUGAAGACAUUGCAGAGAGCAAGAAAGGUAGCAUCUUGAAUUUUUUCUCUAGGGUGUAAGUUGUGGCUCUUGUUAAUAUUCGUUAGCCUUUAUUCUAAGAUGGAGGUCCCAUUAUCUUAGACCAAAUGCUAGCAUGGAUUGAGCAAAUGUAGAACAGUAGAGUAUUGCUACUAAGAUCAGGCAAAGGGCCAAUGUGGGGUUAGCCUACUUGGUAGAGGCUCUUAUCUCUUGGGGUAAAGACCAAGGUUCAAUCCUUGGCAUGGAGUAAUUUAGUUGUAUUUGGGGUAGUUUAGUAGCAGUUAGAUGUGCUGUUUUUGUUUUCUUAUUUCUGGAUAUUAACAAUGUAAUGUUCAAACCUCAGUCGAAAUCUGAUAUAAGUUGACAAUUUUGUUAA